AUGGGCCAUAUCAUGAAUAUUUAUUAUUGCUAUUCAUGUGGAUACAGAAAAGUGUUUGAAGACUAUGCUGGAAUAAUACAACAAAAGUAUCCAGAAAUAUCUGUUAUUGGGGCUAAUUAUGACCCCCCUGGCUUGAAUAUGUAUCUGUCCAGGUUGAUUGGAUUUGGAAAAAUGAUAAUAAUUAUGUGCAUCUUGAGUGGUGUUAAUAUAUUUGCAUGGUUAAAUAAGCCACAACCAUCUUGGUGGAGUUGGUGUUUGGAGAACAAGCUUUAUGCAUGUAUGAUGAUGUUUUUCAUGGCUAAUAUGAUAGAAGGGCAACUUGUGUCUUCAGGGGCAUUUGAAAUAUCACUUAACAACAUUCCAUUGUGGUCAAAGUUAGAAACUGGUAGAAUCCCUCAGCCUUCAGAACUAUUCCAAAUUAUAGAUAAUACCUUGCAGUUUUCAAAAAUGGAAAUGCCCAAUUUUGGACAAUAA